CGAGUAAUUUAAGAAAAGAGAAAAAAAUCUGUUCAUAGAUACAAUAACAUGACAUUGUUGGAUAAAUAAAGCACAACAAUGAAUGAUCUCUUCUCGGGUUCUUCCCCUCGUCAACGGGACAAUCAGUCGGUCGAGAUGACCGGCACCGGCGGCGGAGUGAAUCUCGACCAGUUCUUCGCCGACGUGGAGGUGAUCGAUAAUGAUCUCCGGGAUCUCGAUCAAACCCGCUCCAUUCUCUGCACCUCCCACGACCGCAGCAAGACUCUCCACAAUGCUCGGCAGUUGAACGAUCUCCGGGGAGAAAUGGACGCCGACGUUUCCCAGGCGUUGACCAAGGCCAAACUCGUCAAGGUCCGGCUGGAGGCGCUGGACCGGUCCAACGCGGCCAGCCGGACCGUCCCGGGAUGCGGUCCGGGCAGUUCGGCCGACCGGACCAGGACGUCGGUGGUGAACGGGCUGAGGAAAAAGCUCCGGGACUCGAUGGCCCAGUUCAACGAGCUCCGGGAGAAGAUGGCGGCGGAGUACCGGGAGACGGUGGAGAGGAGGUAUUACACGGUGACGGGGGAGAGGGCGGAGGAGGCGGUGGUGGACGCGCUGAUCUCGACGGGGCAGAGCGAGACCAUCCUGCAGAAGGCGAUCGGGGAGAAGGGGAGGGGAGAGGUGAUGGAGGCGAUGGCGGAGAUCCAGGAGCGGCACGCGGCGGUGAAGGAGGUGGAGAGGAGCUUGAAUGAGCUGAAUCAGGUGUUCGUGGACAUGGCGGUGCUGGUGGAGAGGCAAGGGGCAGAUCUGGAGGACAUAGAGGGUCAUGUGAACAGGGCGAGCAGCUUCGUUAGGGGUGGAACUCAGAAUCUGGAGGUUGCCCGGAAGCGGCAGAGGAACACGAGGAAGUGGGCUUGCAUCGGGAUCGCAAUCCUGCUCCUCCUCAUCUUCAUCCUUGUUCUAUCCCUUCAGCCAUGGAAGAAGAAGAAGAAAAACUGAUCGCAUUCCCCCACCGAUUGAGAACCCGGCAAGUCAACAACGACUCAAAGUCAAAUGUCUUGGCUCUGCCAACUCGUUCUCUUUUUUUUUCUCAUUUUUUUUUAAAACUUUUUUUUACCAAAAUUUAUAAAUUUUGAUAUCAAUAAGCGGGAAGAGUGUUUAAACUAGGUACAUUCGAUAAAUGUUUAUUACGGAGUAUAAAUUAACGAAAUAUUCAUUUUGAAUCAAUAGAGUGUUCAAUU